AUUCAACAUUCACAAACCCAAAAUAAUGAUCAGUUAAUUGAAAUCCCAUUAAAGUGAUUCAGCCGUCAAUAAAUUUCCCCACCACCUAAAGAUGCUCCGUGCAAUCGCUCCCCGGACCCUCCAGCUGAUCUCUCCAGGAUGCGUCAAGACUCCAGCCUCUCACCUCUCCACAACCGUAACCAAUAAAACAGCGAAAGAAACUUGUGACCCCACACCAGUUGUCGUUGUUCUCUGCGGCUGCGGUGGCCUCGAUGGUACAGAGAUAUCCGAAUCCAUUUCUCUCGCUAUAAAUCUCUCGCACCAUAAUUUCUAUCCGAAAUUCUUCGCUCCCGACAUGGAGAUAUGCGGUGUCGUCGAUCAUUUGACGAAGGAGCCUGAUACAUGCGGUUUACCGAGAAAUUCACUAGUCGAGGGGGCACGAUUAGCCAGAUCGUCUAUCAAAUCAUUGAGCGAUUGUAAAGCUCUCUGUGGCGAGGCCUUAAUUAUACCCGGAGGUUUUGGAGCUGCUCGAACCAUGAGUGACUUUGCAUCUAAGGGAGCUGAAUGUACCCUAAUACCCGACUUGAAACGAGUCAUCCAGGAGUUCAAUUGUGAGAAAAAGCCUAUUGGUACGAUUUGUAUUGCGUCAGCCCUCGUUGCAAGAGUUCUUGAGGGCGUCAAAGUGACCCUUGGAAAGGAAGGAUCUAAGGAAGAAUGGCCUUACGCGGAGGCUAUCCGCAGGGUCAAGGACAUGGGUGCAAAAGUCGAGGAACAGGAUGUCAAAGGUGUUACCUACUGUGAAAAGUACAACGUUUAUUCCACCCCGGCCUGGAUGUACUCGCAAGCCACUUACCACGAGGUUCACCAGGGGAUUGGAAAUAUGAUUGAACAAAUGAAGAAGAAAAUUGUUCGUUAAAGUCAGAAUGACAGACACCACCAUCAUGAAAUGGAGAUAAUGUUCAAGGGUAGACGAUUUGUAACAAGUUGAAUAAAUCAAGCAACAGAGCCACCCACAACCGGACAACAUCUGCCAACUGCAUAGAGAAGUGUAAGUGAACCAACCGGUCGCAUUUAUCACUUGCACCUCGACAUUCAGACCCGGAUAAUGCACCUCAAGGACAACUGCGGAGGUUAUUUAUAAAUUCGAAAAAUCGUCAUGUGAUUUGAUUGAAAAAUAAAUUAUUCAAAUUGAAUACCGCGCGCAGAGAAAUUUCUAGGGAAA